UGGUAUAAUAUAAGAUAAGUUUUGAUCAAUUCUUUUCUUCAACCAUAGCUCCUCUCUUAUGUUUUCAUGGAGAUGACACCCUAUCAAUUAGCCAAUAACACACCUCUCACCCUUUCUCCUAAUUUCAUUCUCCCAGAGGACAAGAGGCCAAACCUCUUAGAGGUACUUCCUUCGGCUACAAUUCCCAUUAUCGACUUAAAUGACCAUGAUACAGAUGACGGUCAAGGGCCAUCCCCGUUAGUUUCAAAAAUAUCACAAGCAUGUGAGGAAUAUGGUUUCUUUCAUAUUAUCAACCAUGGUGUCCCCAAAGAAUUAUGCCAAAAAGUGAUGGCUGUGGUGACAGAGUUCUUUCAAUUACCUCCUGAGGUUAGGGCACAAUAUCUUACAGAAGAUCAUACCCAGCAAGUAAAAGUGUUCAACUAUUACCAAAAGUAUGAAGGCAUAGGAAAGGUCGCAAUGUGGAGUGAGACCUUCUCACACCCUUGGCAUCCUACUGAAGAUUUCACUAAUUUGUUACCCGCAAAUCCUCCUCAGUAUCGAGAAGUUUUUUCUGAGUAUGCAAGGGAGAUUGGAGCUUUGAUGGAUAGGCUUUUGAGUUUGAUAUCCCGAGGGCUUGGCCUUGAUAAGGAAUGUUUAAAGAAGAGAAUGGGUGAGAGGCCUGGGCUUAACUGUCAAGCAAAUUACUAUCCACCAUGUCCAAAGCCCGAGCUCACAAUGGGGUUGCCUGAUCAUAAUGAUCUUGGUUCAAUAGCGGUACUCCUACAGGUGGAGGGAGUGACUGGCCUCCAAAUGAUCAAAGAUGGAAAAUGGUUAUCUAUUAAUCCUGUGCCAAAUGCAUUUGUCGUCAAUCUGGCUGAUCAAAUUCAGGUUCUUAGUAAUGGAAAGUUCAAGAGUGUUGGACACAGGGCUGUCACCAACAAGUUGUUGCCGCGACUGUCGUUAGGAAUGUUCUAUACACCAAGUAGAGACACUAUGAUUGGUCCAAUUGAGGAUUUGAUUGAUGAAGAGCACUCUCCAAAGUAUCGAAACUAUAGUUUCAAGGACUAUAUGGACGAAUUUUAUAGGCAAGAAGGAAAGAGGAGGAGAGUAAAGGAAGCUUUUGAGUUUCAACUUUAAAAACUUGGUUUUUUUUUUUUUUUUUUUCCUAAAGAAUAAAGAAUAAAAUCAGACAGUACGUGUGAUCUUUGUAAAUGUAAUUGCAGUGAAUAGGCAUCCUGUAUUGUAUUCACCGUACUACACCAUACUGGACUAUUGUAAUGAAGUCCAUCAGGACAGCUCUGAUGUACACUCAAAUUAUCAUUCCUUCACUCUUAUGUGUGUUUG